AUGCAAGUUGGCAAAACGCUAGCAGAUCUUCACUUCUCGGGCCAUGUUCCGCAUUACAAGGAGCAGCUCCAGCGGCCACUUGAUCACUUCCUCUCCAAGCUCAAGUUUGAGAGUCCAAUCCAACGGAACACCACUUCUAUCUCGAUACAUGACGAAUAUCACUGGCCUGCUCUAACUAUGGGACCGGAGGACGACUGGGAUCCAGAACUCCGCGGUCCCGGAAUCAGCACUUCCAGCUACGGCAAGUGGAAACCGCCGAGUCCAGUCAAGGACAUUUCUCAGCUGUGGUUCCGCCAAGAGCGUCAAACUUUGCGGCGGCUCCCACGGUCUGGUGCAGUUGUGUGGAUGGUUCACACGUACAUUGAGCCUCUUGUCAAAUUCGUCCAGGAGCCAGGUGUUCCGGGGCGUUUGGCGUCUUUCGUCCGUAGCUGGGAUGAUGAACUGGCCCUCCACAAGGGUCGCCACCUUUAUGCCGAUGUCCUUCUACCAUACCUAGAUGAUCUCCAUAAGAAGCAAGUUAAAAGCGGAAUGUGUGAAGACGGACAACUGCCGAGCAAGUUCCCGUUCUAG